AUGGUUAGCUGUUUGAAAAAUCCUCACUCCAAGGAAACUAGGCAGUCCUUGUUAACAUUUCAGGCUGUUACAUCACUUACAGAUGGUCAGCCCACUGUGGGAGAAAUAGGGACCUGGGUAUUUAAUCAAGAGUCAAUUAUGAGGACCUUGGUUGAAAUGAUAAUCAUUGAUGAAUUGCCCUUUAGAUUUGAGGAGGGAAUAGGUUUCAGGAGGUUCAUAGCUAUUGCUUGCCCUAGGUUUAUAGUUUCAUCCAGCCAAAGCCCUAGAAAAUUGUUUGCUAGAGUGGGGCUUAGAGAUGUGUUUUCUGUGACUGUUGAUAAUGCCUCAUCAAAUGACACUGCUAUGGGGUUUCUGAAGAAAAAAUUGGUGUCUUGGGGAUCAUCUACUGUGAGGGAAAAGUAUCUUCACAUGAGAUGUAUUGCCCAUAUCUUAAACUUAGUAGUUCAAGAUGGUCUGAAAGAUUGUGAUAGUUCUGUUAAGAAGGUUAGGGAGGUGGUUAGAUAUGUUAGAAACUCUCCUGCUAGACUUAAGAAGUUCAAGGAUUUGGCUGAUUGGUUGAGUAUUGAACAAAGGUCUUCUUUGUGUUUAGAUGUUCCAACCAGAUGGAACUCUACCUAUUUGAUGUUGCAGUCUGCAUUAACUUACCAAAAAGUGUUUGAAUCUUUGGAGUCAGAUUGUUCUUUCAAGUCUAAUUUGGGUAAUUCAAUUCCUGAUUUUAUGGACUGGAAAUCUGUUGGCAGUUUGGUUCAGUUACUGAAGUGUUUUUAUGACAUGACCAUUAGAAUUUCUGAUUCUUUAUAUGUCACCUCAAACACAUUCUUCACUGGGAUUUCUGAUCUGUACUGCCUAGUGAAAGGCAUGGUGGAAGUUGGUGGGGCAGUUGGUGUGAUGGGGAAAAAUAUGAAGACAAAAUUUGAGAAGUAUUGGGGUGAUGUUGAAAAAAUGAAUCUAAUGAUAUUUUUUGCAAACAUUCUAGACCCUAGAGACAAGUUAGAGUAUAUGCCUACUCAGUUUAAUCAUAUGUAUGGUGAGGAAAAGGGUAAACCAUUCUAUGACAAAGUAGUUGCUGCUCUUGCUGAGUUAUUUGAUGAUUAUUCUACAUCUGCCUCUUCUACUGUGAGUUCUGUCCCUUCUGUGCCUGUUUCUGUUCAGGCCACAUCUGCCUCUUCUGUUUCUGUUGGGAAGCCACAACAUUUUCUGAAGUCCCAAAUUAAAAAGCAAAGAUUGGAGUCUGGGGGUAAGAAACAAACUGAGUUGGAUAUGUACUUGAGUGAGGGAAUAGUUGAAGAGGAAGAAUAUUUUGAUAUACUUGGAUGGUGGAAGAUCAACUCUGCUAGGUUUCCAGUUCUGUCUAAGCUUGCAAGGGAUGUCCUAGCCAUUCCAAUCUCCACUGUUGCCUCAUAA